UUCUCCACAGUAACUAACACCUCCGCUUUUUUCUCUCUCUUUCUAUGCUCAGCAGAAGUUGGGAUUUUCCGCUCUUCGAUUUUCUCCCUCUCCCCCUUUUUUUUCUUUUCUUUUUUUCCUAUCAUCCAAACACGCCACUUAUCCCCAUGGUCUUUCAAUUUUGAAUAUAGAGAAAAAAAAAAAAAACAAUGGAAAAAAUAAAUUAAAAAAAUAGACUUAUAAGAACCCUUCAAAGCAAACGUGUUGCGUUCUGGGUUUCUUGCAGAGGAGGAACUGAAGAACUUUAAUUGCUCUGAACUGUAGAGCUAGAAUUGGCCUUCUGAAGGGUUUUAACAGAAAUCUAAUAGUAAAGGGUAUGGCAUCUCUCGGAAACAUGAACUCAGAACCACCAGAAAUCGAACAAAUAGUCACAGAAUUCUUUGCGAAAAGUCUCCACAUAAUACUGGAGUCGAGGUCUCCUUAUGUGUCCUCAAGGAAUUACAGUGGAGACCCAACUAUAUCUCCUUCUUCUUCAUCCUCCUCCUCCUCGAGUGUGAGGCCACGAGAUAAGUGGUUUAGAUUAGCAUUGCGGGACUGCCCAGCGGCACUAGAGAAUAUUGAUUUCUGGCGCCAAAGCAAUCUUGAACCAAUGGUGGUGGAUGUGAUUUUGGUUCAGCGACCACAUGACUGGGACCCAAUAAAUUGUAUUCCAAGGAGGGAUCUUGUUAGGAAUACUUCAUUGAAGGAGCAGUCUCGAAAUUCUUGGGGUUCUGAGCAGGAAGAGUUUGGGUGUGUGGCAAAGAGUGAAAAGAUCAUAGAGAGAUGGGUAGUGCAAUAUGAGAGUCGAAAGAAUAGUAGUUUGGGGAGUAAGAGAUCGAGUAAUUCAAAUUCACACAAUUUACUUAAGAUACAGCACACAUUAUAUAAGAAAUCGAUAAUACUAUUGAGGUCUUUGUAUUUAACGGUUAGGCUUUUACCUGCAUACAAACUAUACCAUGAUCUCAAUUCCUCUCAAAUUCAUGCAUUUACUCUUGCUCAUCGGGUGUCUUCUAUUAUCGAGCCUUUCACUGGUAGAGAAGAAGUAGAAAUGCAGCGAUUUUGCUUCACCCCUGUGGACACUUGUUGUGGUAGGCUCUGUCUUUCUGUAUUGUAUCGUGCCUCACUCUCGGAUGUGAGUUCUGAACCAUCGACCCCCAUGUCCCCACAAGUUAUAGCUGAUUAUGUUGGAAGUCCAAUGGCGGAUCCCCUUAAGAGAUUUCCAUCCCUUCCCACGACAUGUUCUCCAUCUUCGGCACCAUUCUCAAGGCGGCAUAGUUGGAGCUAUGACCUUUAUAGAGCUUCGCCUCCUUCAGUUUCUUUCUCACCUUCUCCUACACAUUCAGAGUCUCGUGCUUCAGUUUCUAACCCUGCUUCCCGGCGUCUCCCGCCUAUGAGCUUGCCUCCUCAUCCGCCUGAAAUGUCUGCAGCUCACCACAAGAAUACAGGUUUUGACGAGUAUUGGCCUUCCCCAACAAUUUCUCCCCCCUCCUCUGCAUCGCCACCAACAAAUACUCUGGGUAGUCAUCUGCCAAAAUCACUUUUACGUUCUGAAAGUGCUCCUGUUAGCAUACCUGCAACCAAGCCUGUUAAUACUCCUGCUUUGCCCUACAAACAUAAUUUGCCUCCCUCUCCUCCUCUUAAAGGUACUGGUUGCAGUAAUUCUAAGACUGAUAGAAGGACAUGUCAAAUUCGAACUGGUACAACAGUUGAUAAGAGCUCUAUUGGGAAAGAUGAAACUGGAAAAAUUUCUGGGUUGAAGAUAUCAUCUGGUAGCUCACAACCGGUUUCGGUUUCCCGAAGCUCCAGUAGGUUGUCUCUCCCAGAUGAUUUUGAUGGUUCUGAAUUUUCCUGCCCAUUUAUCACGGAUGACGAUGAUGUGACAGACUCAUACCGUAGAUUUGUUGCCCUGCAAGAAAUUAAGGGAACAGCAAAUUGACAUGCCCUGUUUCGAAGAUACGUUACAUAAUGCUUGCAAGAAGUAACAGACCUCAAUUUUGAUGUAAGCCUUCAAUAUGAUUUGAGAAAUAGGCAGAGGGGAACCACUAAACUGAUAUAUUUAUUUAUUUGUAUUUUUACCCUUUUGAAAUUCUGUUAUCUUUUGAAUAAUUAGAAUCUUUGGUAUCAGUUAGAUUAUUACCUUUGGGUUGUGUACGGUGGUCUUGAAUUUCUUAAGGUGGUAACUGUUACCAUGCAAUAUAUUUCCCAAGGUGAUUCUGUGCCUCAAUAGAUUAUAAAUUUUGGUACUAUUAUAUAAUUCUUAUUAUUCAAGGAUUACAACUUCAUUUAGACAGUGUUAGCUUGCUAUUUUAGCAUUAGUGUGCUCUUUCUAAUCUUUUCUAGCCUGUUGUUUUCUAAUUGCUCAAUGUGGUUUUGAAAUCUCAGUAACCAGAUGUGAGAAUUCAGCAUUGCUUGCCUGUCCUUUAUGUCAAAGUGGGCACUUGAAUUGCAAUUGAAAAUCAUUCUAUUCUUGGUUUAAACUUUAAAUAUAGAAAGUGAAAGUUUGAGUAGGAAUUAAGGCUGAGGGAACUUUGGGAGUUUGGAAUGUAUUCAUAGAAAAUUUUGUUGUUGGCUUAUUAAUAAUUUCUUACAGAUUAAUGGUACUGGCAAGCUAAUGUUGUGCAGCCGAAAAUAAAAAAUUAAACAAAUGUUUGGAGGUCAAAGUUCUGACUUAUGCAUCUAUUUUUAAUGAAAUCAGCAGGACAAUAUGGUUGAAAAUGAAAGUGAAAAUUUUCUUUGGAUACAUGAGUUCAGCUGGUCCCUGAAAGUCAUUUUAAGUAUUGAAUGGUUUACACAUUUCCUUGUACAGAAUUGGUGAACAUCGCAAAUAUUUUUUUAACAAUUCUUGUUUUGCAACUCUGCCUUUAAAAGGUUGCAGAAUUUUGACACAUGACUGUAUUGUUUAUUGAAAUAUCCUGGAGGCUCUAUUUUAUGGCAUCCUUAGACAUUGAUGAAUAAAUUUUUUAAUUGAAAUCUUGUUGAAGCAGUGGAAGUGAAUUGAUGUUGGAUGGAGAAGGAUAUUGAAUCUGGAAAAUCCAUCUUCCCCCUGAAUUAUUAUUAUUUGGUUUUAUUUUUUUUUCUUUCCUGCAGAAAACAAUUUGGUUCUGAUGUAUUGGUUGAGUUCCUAAUAAGCUGUUUUGGGGUAUAU